UUACUUGAGCAGAGGAGGAAGGAGGAGGAAGACAGCCCCGGUGAGGACCAGGAGCAGCCUCAGGAGCGCAGAGGCGCGCCUCUUUUACUUCACGGAGAGGGCACAGGAGCGCGGGGGGAGAGCCGGGUGGGAGUCGGAGGAGRCGGCUGGUUCUGAGGAGAGGCACUGUUGAUCCUGACAAAAGCAGGAGGCGAAAAGAAAAAGAAGGUGACCGGAUCUCGCCAAGGGGGGCGGCAUUUCAGCGACGCGUAGAGAAAACACAUCUACUGAACUCUUAGACAGGCGUAGAAAUGUUUCAUCCUCUUGUCCACGGAUGGUAACUUCUGCGAAGGAAUGUCUCUUUUAAGCACAGAGWUUUUUUUCUAACUUUUUUUUCCUCUCUUUUUGAAGUUGGAUCCUUUUAAGCACAAAGCAAAUUCACCUCGAUCUUCAGCUGCAGAAGCCCAGAGCCGCUUGGGUGUUCAUUAAAAUUCUUCUGAUCCAGUUUUAAAUGGAUUAUGAUGGUGGUAUUUUGGGAUUUUUCUUUGGCUUGUAAAACACACCUAUGACUGGUGGAUUAACGUCUGACACAGAAGGCUGGGCUCAUCUCUUUGCUUUCUUUGGAUUAUAUAAUUUUUUUUUUUUUUUGCGUUGAAGCUCAUGGAUGUUAUCAGGAUAAAGUAUAAAACAUGGAUUUGUGUUCCUGAAGCUUAAAGUUAAAAACAAGGAUGUCUCUACAAGCACAACGCAGCGGCUUUUGUCUUUUUUUAACAAACUGCAACUCCUUGAUUGAUCAGUUAUGUUUAACGAAUCACAAUUAAGGCGUAUAAAGGUGGCUCGGGCACAGGCGGAGAUUGAUUGAAGGGAUCGGUGUGAAUCCAAUUAUUGCAAUCUGGAUUCUUMCCAAGGCAGAAGCGAUGGCGGGGAACUCCAGCGUCUGAUCUGCCCCCCUCACCGGAUCCAACGAGGAAACCUCAGCGCUCGGUGUUCCACAACGCUCCUCCUCUUCGUUKGACCCAGGCCAGGAUGGUACCCCCACCCCCUACCAACAAGCCCCACGUGUGCCUGUCUACCAUCCUGAUCAUGAGCAGCAUGGCGCUGAUUGAUGCCUACCUGGUGGAGCAGAACCACGGGCCUCGCAAGAUAGGCAUCUGCAUCAUGGUGAUGGUGGGAGACAUCUGCUUCCUGAUCGUGCUGCGCUACGUGGCGGUCUGGGUGGGCGCCGAGGUGCGGACGGCGAAGCGCGGCUACGCCAUGAUCCUGUGGUUCCUCUACAUCUUCGUGCUGGAGAUCAAAGUCUACUUCGUGUACCAGAACUACAAGGCGGACAGGAAGAGUCUGGACGCUCUGGCCAGGAAGGCGCUGACGCUGCUCCUGUCCAUCUGCAUCCCGGUGCUGUUCGUCGUGCUUGUGGCCAUCGACCACAUGGAGUACGUGCGCGCCUUCAAGAAGCGCGAGGAGAUCCGGAACCGUCUCUUCUGGGUGGUGGUGGACCUGCUGGACAUUCUGGACAUCCAGGCCAACCUGUGGGAGCCUCAGAAGAAAGGCCUGCCGCUGUGGGCGGAGGGCCUGAUGUUCUUCUACUGCUACAUCCUGCUCCUGGUGCUGCCCUGCGUGUCCCUGAGCGAGAUCAGCAUGCAGGGCAUCAACAUCGUCCCCCACAAGAUGCUGCUUUACCCCAUCCUCAGCCUGGUGACCAUCAACGUCAUCACGCUCUUCAUCCGCGGGGGGAACAUGCUCCUCUACAGGGACGCCAGGGUGUCGGGGAUCCUGAUAGGGAAGAACAUCCUGGCCAUCAUCCUAAAGACCUGCAGCUUCGUGCAGUACAGGAGACAGUUGCAGAACGCUCCUCCUGCGUUCGGAGUGGAGCUGCAGAAGAACUCCGUGGCUCACACUCGCCCGUCCCCCACCCCCCCUCAYGUGGUCAUGCAGGACCAGACGCCGCUUCCCGAAGUGACGACGUGCGAGCACACAUGACARGAGGACGAGUGACUCUGGGAGUGUCGGCAGGACCCCGCGUGACCCUCGGGGAAGCUGGCUGGGGGAGCAGUGGUCCGCACCGUUCAGGGUGUGGGAACGCUCAGGAGAACAUGAAGGUCAUGAUCCCUGAUGCUGAAAGGAGUGGUCCAGUUAUCUCUGAAGUGAUGUUCUGUCUAAAGUUAGCAGCUGUGACAWCAGUCAGUGCCGGGAGGAAGAAACAGACCCUCGUUUGGCCGUUAGUCUGGUCUGGAUAAAUCUUUCCUCUCCAUGAUUGAUGUCAUUACCUGCCUGUAUUGUGACAUGGGAUAAAAAAUUAUGUGUGGCCACAAAAUAUUCAUAUGUGACCACGGGAUAUUAACGUAGGGCCACGAAGUAACACAGGGCCAUGAGAUAUUAUCAUUUGGCUGCAAGUCAACAUUAGACUUUGCAUUUUUAUGGCCAUGAGAUAGUAAUGCGUGACCAGGCAAAAUGUAUUUAAUUCCAAAGGAUAAGUGGACAUGAGAUAAGAAAAACACUAGAUCACAAGAUAACACAAGCUUUUAACAUGUGGCCACAAGAUAAUACAUGUGGCCAUGAGAUAACAUAUGACUAUGCAUUUUCAUGGCCAUGACACAGUAAUGCGUGGCUACACAUAAUUUAUUUAAAUCCAAAGGAUAAGUAAGUGGACAUGAGAUAAUUAACAUUAGGUCACGAGAUAAUGCAGGGCCACAAGAUUUUAACAUGCGGCCACAAGAUAAUGAUAAGUGUGGCCACACACAUUGUUUUAUACAAUGUGAUAAAUAACACAUGACCACAAAGAAACGCUUGACCAUGAGAUAAAAUGUGGUCAUGAGAUAAAAAAAUGUGAGGCCACAAGAAAGAUAACACAGUCACAAGACAGCUAUAGCGAGGUCACGAGGUAAAUACUUAUGGCCACAAGAUAACAUGCAACAAUGAGAUAACUCAUGGCCACAAGAUAACGUGGCCACAAGAUAACAUAAUGCCACAAGAUAAAUUACAUGUGGCUACAAAAUAACAUUUGGUCAUGAGAAAAGUAAUCACAAAACAAAUAACAUGGCCACAAGAUAAAUAACACGUGGCCACAAGAUAGAUAAUGCAAGGUCACAAGAUUAAAACUCAUGGCUAUAAGAUAAUACAUGACCACAAAGUAAAUAACACAUGGCUACAAGAUAACAUUAAACCACAAGAUAAAUAACAUGUGGCCAUGAGAUAACUUGUGGCCACAAGAUAAUGAUAAGUGUGGCCACACACAUUGUUUUAUCCAAUGUGAUAACACAUGACCACAAAGAAACGCUUGACCAUGAGAUAAAAUGUGGUCAUGAGAUAAAAAAAUGUGAGGCCACAAGAAAGAUAACAGUCACAAGACAACUAUAGUGAGGUCACGAGGUAAAUACUUAUGGCCACAAGAUAACAUGCAACAAUGAGAUAACUCAUGGCCACAAAAUAACAUGGCCACAAGAUAAAUUACACGUGGCUACAAAAUAACGCUUGGUCAUGAGAUAAGUAAUCACAAAACAAAGAACAUGGCCACAAGAUAAAUAACAUGUGGCCACAAGAUAGAUAAUGCAAGGUCACAAGUUUAAAACUCAUGGCUAUAAGAUAAUACAUGACCACAAAAAUAAAUAACACAUGGCUACAAGAUAACAUGUGACCACAAGAUAAAUAACAUGUGGCCAUGAGAUAACUUAUGGCCACAAGGUAAUUAUAAGUAGCCAUUUCUCUGAGUGAGAAACAGACAUUGUUGGAAUCAGAUAUGAAUAGAUGUUUUUGUGUUUAACUGUUCAAAGGUACCCUACACUUCUUGUUAUAAUAUUAAAUAUUUGGUGUUUAAUGUAAACGGUUCAUCUUUAAAAGUAUUUAUGAAAAACAAAGACAACUCAAAUCGUCAGCUGUCUUAAAGCUGCAACAUAUAAGYAUUACUUCAUGCCUAACCACCAGUAAUUGAAGAAUGUCAUUUAUUCCUUAAUUAAAAGUAAAUUAAAUUAAUUCAAGCUUGUCCGUGUUAACAACCAACAGUCUCAGCAUGAAAACGACUGAAAUAAUUAUCUUGCGGCCACGCAUUAUCUCAUUAAAUCUUUUUAUCCAGUGUCACCGGACGGGCUCCGUACAUUACUUAUAAGGCACUAACUGUUAAUAACUAUUAGACAGAGCAUCACUUUAAAGAUAAUUGGACUGUCCCUUUAAUGGCACACAGGACACUGCAGUAACCAGAGCAUCACGGUGUGUUGAACAGCAUCACUGAUGACUUUAUGAGAGCAUUUUAUCCUCUUGAUGAAAUCCACUAACUGUAUUUUUUCUAAUUGUAUAAAUGGAAAGAAAAAAAUGGCAAGAACUGACAGAAUAGAGGAUAUAUUUUUUGAAUUGUGUGUUGCAUUCUCAGUCUUCAAACUAUGGGUCUGUGUGCCGUGGUGUGCAUUUCUGUUGCUCAAAUUGUUCGUAGUAGUGGAGGGCUUCAGCUUGUCAAAGUGGAGGCGAGAAGCCGAUGAGCGAAUCAAAGUAAUGAGGGUGAAACGACCAGUUACAUCUCUCUCUGGAAAGAAAUGUUUUAUAUGUGAUACUUUGAUCAAAAUCUGUGUACAAAACAAAGACUUUCUUGAUUUAUGACUGGCUGUAAAUGUUUUUUUUUAAUUAUAUAAAAUUAUCUAAAAAAGUUA